CCUGAUUUGUGAAUGAAAUAGUAGCGCCUGGCGUUCAGGUGCAGCGGCGAGAAAGUAUCAGCGACGGCAGCAGCGUUAGUGUUGCAGUAUAGUAGCGGCCUGCGUUACAGUGUAGCAGCGAUAUAGUGUAACAGCGGGUAGUUACAGUGUAGCGGCGGCCUGCGUUACAGUGUAGCGACCGACAGCCCAGACCACGUUACAACAUGAAGUACAUCAUCGGCAUUGGAGGCGUGACCAACGGUGGCAAGACCACACUGACCAAUACAAUUAGCCAAAUAUUACCCAACUGCUGCGUUGUGCAUCAGGAUGACUUUUACAAGACACCAGAUCAGAUAGAAGUUGGGCAAGAUGGAUUUAAACAAUGGGAUGUGAUCACGGCCCUCGACAUGGAGGCAAUGAUGAGCACUGUCAACGCUUGGAUUGACAACCCAGUAAAGUUUGCCUGCUCUCACGGGGUGGCUGUCACUCCAGCCUCCAGCGAGCCGAGCCAUCCAGAGGGAGGAGUGCAGAUAUUGAUAAUGGAAGGGUUCCUGUUGUAUAACUACAGGCCUUUGGCUUCGACUUUCAAUCGGCGUUACUAUCUGAGCCUUUCGUAUGAAGAAUGCAAAAGGAGGAGGAGUACAAGGAACUACACUGUACCUGACCCACCUGGCUUGUUUGAUGGGCAUGUGUGGCCAAUGUAUCUAAAGCACAGGAAAGAGAUGGAGGCCAACAAAGUUGAUGUUGUGUAUCUGAACGGUUUGAAGUCGAGGGAUGAUAUCUAUCUACAAGUGUAUGAAGAGAUUCAGAAUCUCAUCCUCAAUUCUUCAUAGGGACUGGUGCACUGAAGACUUGUGUGAAGAUGAAGUUGUAAAUAGUUGAUCGUAUCUUAGAAACUUGUCCUCUUAGAUUUCUGUAUAUAGAUUGGAAUGGUUUAAGUUAUUUCAAUCUGCCUCUUAUGGCCGUUUGUAUUUUUAAAGCUUUGUGAACUUAAAUUUUUUUUUUAUGUGGAUAAUUUCUGUAACUUUUUACUGCUAACCGUGUAUGAUUUUUGAACAUUGUAAACUGAUGCCCACAGUAAUGACUGAGUAUUGAAUGUUGUGCUUUCCAAUUUGUAACUAUUGUCUUAGUUUGCCGUCUGCUUUUCUACAGACAUUGUAUUGCAGUCUGCAAAGCCUUAUCUUUAAAGUGGUGUUCAACAAGGUUCCUUCUCGGAACUACUGGUCCAAAUGUUAUACCUGGCAAUGCAAUAGUUGGGGGAAGUUUGACCUUCGUACAAUGGCGAUAACAGUUAGGGUAACUUCUAGAGUGGAGGUUUGCAUUGGAAUGGGUAUAAUACCUGUUCUCCACUGGGGUUGACUUGUCCUGCACCCUGUACUAGAUGUUAGUCCGUAUGGAACAAAUCCAUAUGCAUCUAUGUUCUGUGUAGAGCUACGUUUUAAUAGUUCACUAUCUGAUCACUCAAACUUUACACUUGAUGACAUUGAGGAUGGAGGGGGGGGGGGGGAUAACAAUACAACUCGCUGUCAUGUUAAUACAGUGGCAUUCAGCAAAGUAGUGAGACAGGUAACAUUGCUUGUCCAAGACUGCUUUUUAAAAGAAAAUGGUUUGGUGACUGAAUGACUAAGGAAAAUCUCUUUAUAACCAAUAAUGUACGAGCUAUGAAUUUAACCAGCUGCCCCACUAAAGGGUGUAAAACUUUAAUAGAUUUUUUUUUUAAUGGCAUUAAAGGACCAUUUUAAUUCAUAAGAACUAUUUUGUAAUCUUCAAGGUAAAGUUUAAAAAUGCAACCAUGUCUUGUAUAAUGAGUUUGGCCGGUGUUUAGUUGCCAACUCCAUACUCGGGGAAUACACACUCCAUUUGGCAGAGGGAAUAUUAAAAGGAGCAUAAUUAAUUUUCUAAAU